AUGGAGCGGGUGAGCGAGGCCGCCGCCUGCGGCCCCUCGGCGGGCUGCUACACCUACCAGGUGAGCCGGCACAGCGCCGACGUGCUGCACAGCCUCAACCAGCAGCGCAAGAACGGCGGCCGCUUCUGCGACGUGCUCCUGCGCGUGGGCGACGAGAGCUUCCCGGCGCACCGCGCCGUGCUGGCCGCUUGCAGCGAGUACUUCGAGUCGGUGUUCAGCGCCCAGCUGGGCGACGGGGCAGGUGGCGGCGGCGGCGGCGGCUCGGACGGGAGCGCGGCGGAGGCGGCGGCGGCCGGCGGGGCCGCGGCGGCGGCCGGCGGCGCCCCCGGGGGCGGGCGGGAGCUGGAGAUGCACACCAUCAGCUCCAAGGUGUUCGGAGACAUCCUAGACUUCGCCUACACGUCGCGCAUCGUGGUGCGGCUGGAGAGCUUCCCGGAGCUCAUGACGGCCGCCAAGUUCCUGCUGAUGCGCUCGGUGAUUGACAUCUGCCAGGAGGUCAUCAAGCAGUCCAACGUGCAGCUCCUCGUGCCCCCCGCACGCCCUGACAUUAUGCUGUUCCGUCCGGGGGCUGCGGACCUCGGCUUCCCUCUUGACAUGACCAACGGUGCCGCUUUGGCGCCCAAUGGCAACGGCAUCGCCGGCAUGCCCGAAGACGAGGCCACGCGGGCCGCGCUCAGCGCCGCGCAGUCCUCCCUGCCCGUGCUGCAGGGCGUGGACCGCCUGCCCAUGGUGGCGGGACCUCUGUCCCCACCGCUGCUGGCCUCGCCCUUCCAGAAUGUUGCUGCUAGUGCUCCCACCUUAGGCACCAAGAGGGGCAGAGGGCGUCCCCGCAAAGCCAACCUCUUGGACUCCAUGAUGUUCGGUACCCCGGGGGGCCUGCGAGAGGCCGGGAUCCUGCCUUGUGGCCUCUGUGGGAAAGUGUUUACGGAUGCCAAUCGUCUUCGGCAGCACGAGGCUCAGCACGGGGUGACGAGCUUACAGCUGGGCUACAUAGACAUCCCACCCCCCAGACUGGGUGAAAACGGUGUCCCCGGUCAGGAUGACCCCGAUGCACCCCGGAAAAGAAGCAGGACGAGGAAACAGGUGGCCUGUGAGAUCUGUGGCAAGAUUUUUCGGGACGUGUACCACCUGAAUCGGCACAAGCUGUCGCACUCUGGCGAGAAGCCGUACUCUUGUCCGGUGUGUGGCUUGCGGUUCAAGCGGAAAGACAGGAUGUCCUAUCACGUUCGAUCUCAUGAUGGCUCUGUGGGAAAGCCCUACAUCUGCCAGAGCUGUGGAAAAGGCUUUUCCAGGCCAGACCACUUGAAUGGACACAUCAAACAGGUGCAUACCUCAGAGAGACCUCACAAGUGUCAGCAGGAAAAUGGCAGCCACCAUGGAAUAAGCUCAGAGACAUCCACAUCCAUAGAAAAGUUGAAACUUCAAGAGACUUGUAACGCUUCCUUUGCCACUCGUGACCGGCUGCGCUCACACCUGGCCUGUCAUGAAGACAAAGUCCCGUGCCAGGUGUGUGGCAAGUACUUGAGAGCAGCAUAUAUGGCAGACCACUUGAAGAAACACAGUGAAGGACCAAGCAAUUUCUGCACUAUCUGUAACCGAGGUUUCUCCUCUGCCUCCUACUUAAAGGUCCAUGUUAAAACCCACCACGGUGUUCCCCUUCCCCAGGUCUCCAGGCACCAGGAGUCCAUCCCGAAUGGGGGAGCAGCGUUCCACUGCGGCAGGACCUAUGGCAUCAAAGAAGGCCAGAAAUGUUCCCAUUCGGACCCGAUUGAGAGUUCUGAUUCAUACGGAGACCUCUCUGACACCAGUGACCUCAAGACUCCCGAGAAACAGAGCACCAACGGGUCCUUCUCGUGUGAGCUGGCAGUGAGCAAAAACAAAAUGGAGACGGAAGGGGAGAAGAAAUACCCGUGCCCUGAGUGCGGCAGCUUUUUCAGAUCCAAGUCUUACCUGAACAAACACAUACAGAAAGUUCACGUCAGGGCCCUGGGUGGCCCCCUGGGGGACCUGGGUCCUGCUCUGGGAUCCCCCUUCUCACCCCAACAGAACAUGUCUCUCCUGGAGUCCUUUGGGUUUCAGAUCGUCCAGUCAGCAUUUGCAUCAUCCCUGGUGGAUCCAGAGGUCGACCAGCAACCGAUGGGGCCAGAGGGGAAAUGAGAUCGGUGUGAUCUUAGCAAAGCAAAGCAGCAGUCUGGCUAUAGUGAUAAGAUGCUGUGAAUGAAAGAGGAAAUAAUGAAAUUGGGUUCUAUAGCUGAGAAUUUUUUAUUCGUUUUAGCUUCCCUCUUUGUCUCAUGCCCUACCCCCACCUUUAAACUUCCACUGGGGAGAGGGAGAAAAUGCUUCUUAGCUGAUAAAUUACAGAAGAUGGUGGCCUUGAAUAGGAGACGUGACCCAAAACACUAAAUGGAGCUUUAGAGGCGGCUGCUGGUGUUUCUCCGUGUUCUUCUGGAAUAAUGGAAAGUUGCCAGCACUGGUGUGAGAACGAGACAGUCCUAGUGGCCGAGGCACCUGGGGAGCUACAGCUACAGGGAGCUAUGGUUUUGUUCUCUCUCUAUUCCCCACCCUCCCUAAACUAUCCCAGAAAAACAGUAAGUUUUAAAAACAGACCCACUAUUGAAUAACAUUUAAGUAAAAUGCCCCGUGGUUCCUAGCAGGUUACAAUGCAGUUGUCCUUUUAAAACCAGAAAAAAUUUAAAGGAGGUGAGAGAAUUCGAACCCCUUCUGCCUUUGUGAGGCUGUGAGUGCUGCAGCAGGACUGAACUGCUGAGAAGAAUCACCUUUCAGAACAGGUUGUUUUUAUUACUUUUGACCGUUAAACUUGCUGUCAGGUUUUUAAUUCUUUAUUAUUAUUAUUUUAGGACCUGUUGUAGUGAAUUGCUACUGAAAAGCCAGUCUAAGGCGAUACGCAGAGCACUCGUAAAGCAGCAGUCACAUUAGGGUUAGUAUUAAUUUUUUUUUUUUUUUAGAUGUACCAUAAUUAAUAACUUGGCUAGUUGGUUGUUUUAAGUCUAUGAAAGGAAUAGUUUUUACGAAAAGAAAAAAAAAAAAAAAAAAAAAAAAAAAGGAAGGAAAAAUACCAUUGCAGUCUGGUUGACUGGUGCUCAUUUUUCAUGUGGGGACCUAGGGUAUGAACAUGAUCAGCUGUCGGGUUGACACUAUGUACCACUGACUUGUUUAGUGUGAAUAAACCCAGGGGUUCACAGAGUGAUUUUGGUUUAAUUGGACUCUAUUAAAGAAGUUAGUAUGUUACUUUGCAUCCCCUCGUUUUGUCUGGUUUUUGAGCAAUUCAGCCACCUGUCCAAAAGGUGUGCAAGUGAGAGCCAGUAAAUAAGAUGUUAAUCCCACUCUACACUGUGCUGUAUUCUGAGCUGGGCUUUUUGGCCACAGUCGUGCUCUCCUGAUCUGCCUCUAGUCAGGUUUACAAAAGCCAGUCUUGCUCCUUUCUUUCCCAAGGAAGGGUUCUAGUAUAAGAGGUGGGAAUUGCAAAUCUCUGAAAAAGAAUUGAUUACAAAAUGCAAAGAAGCUGGGCUUUAGGCUGUUGCAGGUUCCAUUUAAUCUGAAAAUAUCACUUGUGCAGAAAUAAUGUCCUUUCUUGACCCUCCCUUUCCUCCCAUGUUGCUUGUCAAGGUUUUAUGUAUCAAACCCAGGUAUAAAUGUUGUUUAACACAGGGUUAGGAGUUAGGAAUACUCUGAGUUUUAAUUAUGGUUCUGCUGUUGAUGCUCAAGGUCACAUAAAACAGUUCCCUGAAUUUAUUCCUAAAUUUCCCAUCUGUGAAGAGUUUUCUCUACAUCACAGUUAUAGAGAGGGUUAAUGAGCAGAGGUUUAAGCAGUGUUUUGGUAAACUGCUCUGUGUUCUGAAUGUCUCUAGAAGAGCCCAAGCCCCACCCCAAACUUGCAUCCCAUGGAACAGGGCCUGUGUCCAUCAUCAGUACAGUCUGGAGCAGGACAGAUCCCUCCCAGCAGGAUCCACACCUGCUGCAGGAGACGUGGCUGUGUUAAAUGGGAUGGAGCCACAACCUGCUGUUGCACCACAGCCUGCCUUGCCCAGGUGCUCCUGGUCCAAACCCUGCAGCUAAUGCAGAACCGAAGUAAGACACAUUCCCAUUUGGGUUUUAUGUUAGAAUUAUAGAGCCUUUUGUAAGUAUAUGGAUUUUGGAAUGACCUUCUAAAUUCUGUGGAGUUAGAAGCCCCAGAUUCUCCUGUUAGAAGCUACUUUUUUGUACUUGCUCUCUAGUAUUAUAAACCCAGGAUGAAUAAUCAAUGGCUUUCUCUUUAUAGCACCAGCACUUUCUAAAUUGAGAGCAUGUUGCAGUGGACUUGAUGUUUUGCUAUUAAUCUGUGUUGGGAGACUGAAGGACAUGUUCUUCUCCAGUCAUCUUCUCCCAGAAUCCCUGGAAUAGGUAUGAGUCUCAUGUAAAAGGAGAAAAGCAAACAAGCAAGCAAACAAACCCACCUUCAGACUAAAACUUCAUAGAAUUGCUGUUGCUGUACUGGUAAGAUUAGUUGACAGGUAGAAACAGAACAUUUCAGAAAAGUGACAAAACAUUUUAAAAUACCUUACAAUACCUAGACAAUGCUGAGACAACCUUGUAAGCUGCCAAGGAAGUCAGGCUGGAGCAGGCUUUCCAGUCAGCAGAACAAUUCACGGGGAUUAGCAGAUGCAACUGCAGUCACUGUUUCACUAACAGCUCAUACUUGAGCCACGAGGGAAGUUUCUGUUGAACUGAGGCUGGGUGCUGAAAGAGAGAAGUUUGUAUCCCUGAUGUUCCCACGUGCAUUUAAAAGGGUGCACUGGUCACAGAAUUCAAUUCCAAAAGCCAAAUCCAGAGUAUAAAUCCUCCAUUUAGCUGCACUAACUGUAAUGUUAGUAGUGGUUUGACUUUUGGCCAUGUCUAUCAAUUUAAUUUUGAAUGCUACAGAAUCUGACCUGGUGAAACCAAUGAACAGCCUUGAACUAAAACCGAAGCCUUCUAAAACACCAACUGUGCAUUCUGCUCAUCAAAGAAAGUGCUUACUAAGGUGUCAUGAAUACACUGAAUGAAAACUACUUACUUCUCAGUCUAGUGGACAGGGAAACAAUUAGGCAGGAAGUUUACAAUCCUGAAAUGACAGUUCUAGAUCAUCCUGGUAUAAAUGGGAGAGAUUUGUACCAGUGCAAGAGGCUGGUCAGGCUUAGUGGUAGCAGGAGGUUGGGCAGGUCUUCAGCAGUGCUGUGUUUUCAGGGCUUUUUGCUUCUUUGGGGGCAUACAGUUCCAUUCUGGACAGUAAUGGAACCUACAUGCAAAUCCUUUCUGUUCUGUGCUGUGGGAAAUGUCUGUUUCUCACAGAACAUGAGACAGAUCCAAACAGAAAACCCAGCUCACGAGUUCAGAGUUCAGAGGGAAGUAGGUAACAUGCCCUGAGCUGCAGCUCACUUGUUGCUAUUCCAUUUUAUUUUUAAUUGCCAUAUCAGUGUAUAGGUGAUAGUUCUGAUUCUGGGCCACCCUCCUUUCCUUGUCAUCCCCUUUGGUGGGACUGCAGUCCGAUGUUUGAGUCGGUGCACGUUUCUGCCAAGGAGGGAACUUCAGUUCAUACAAAUCUGGAUAAUCAGUGUUGUAGUGUUUGUAUUAUAGGAGUCCCAUAACCUUUUGUCUGAGGCUCAGUCUUGUGUAUUAGGUAUGAUGAAAACAUCUUCAGUCAUUCAUGAUCUAAACACUAAAGACAGACAAGAAAGGAAUAGAUGCUUAUAGGUGAGUGAGUGAAAGAAAGAUGAAGGACUGAAAACCACUUGCAUGCUUAAGUGUUGUGUUAAAUGGAGGGGCGCAGAUUUUUCAGGCUUCUUUUGGGGCUCACCUGGGGCAUGGGACUGUGGUGCAUGUGAGCUCUCAAUGCCGAGUGAUUUGCCCAAGAUGAUGUGGGAAAUUGAUAGCAGAACCAGAAAUUGAACACAGAUUUUUCCUUCUCUCAAUCCAGUGCCUUAAUUAUAGUAGGGCAAAGUAUUAUAUGUUGGGGGGGGGUGAUUGAUUUGUUUGUUUUUUAAAGCCAAGAUGGUGUGGAGUUGGUCUUCCUACCAAUCUUUUGAAUAAUUGUAAAUGCCCAGUCACAAUUUUAGACCUGUUUGAGUGCCAGUGACUUAGGGAAUAUUUGUUAUUUCCCAUGUAUUCCCUGAAAUUAUUGUUCCUCCCUCAACUGCAGUCAGCAGUAAGGAAUGACUUGAAUAGAAGAGCUGUGUAACUGAAUGUCUAUCUAACUCAACUAAUUGAAUUGCUAGUAUGAAAGCUAACCUAGAUUUUGUAGGCUCUGUUGUAACUUUAGUGUCUUGUUUUUUCACUAAAUCUUUGUUCCUAGAAAUCAGUAUCUGAACUUAUGUCUUGAGUCGGGAGUGGGGUACCACUUUCAGCUUUAAUUUUUUUUAAGGUGCUUGCUUGAGGAAGUAGAUGCCAAAGUAAACUUCAAAGGAACUCCAGACUUCAGUGUUGGAAGAAUGAACGGAGAGCAAGAGCUCUCUUUGGGUUUCAUGAGAGAUAAAUGGACAAAGUAAAAAACAGCCACCAAAAUUCUAAGUCACGAAACAGGACAGAAAACAAGAAAAGGCUUUUCUUUAGCACCCACAAAAACAAUCAGAUAUUUUCAAUUGUUCAGCGUGGCAGAAACUCUGAGAGCAAGUGCCAAACGAUCUCAUAGAAUGUGCUGGCUUUUUCAGCAUUGUCGUACCUUACCAGCAUUAUCAAUAUCCAGAUGUAAAUCGAGCCAGCUUUGUACUGUUCACCUUUUGCCUGGGCACAGUACCUGAGUUUUAAUGAACAGAACAUAAGCUCACAGUGAAUCUCUGAGCUUAUGCUCUCAGUUCCACUCUGGGAGACAAAACAAAUGAGCAAAGAGGGAAAAAAAAAAACACAUUAGGAGAACUUAGAUCCUGGAAGAUUCCAGUGUCUCCUGAGAGAGUCAUGGUUUUUAUCCUGAACAUCCUUUUCAAAACAAGAUCCUUCAGCUGUUGGGAGGGAGCCCUUGGGAGCCGAUUUGGCUUCCAGCCCCAUGUGCUGCAGCUCCCUGUCCCUGUAAGAAGGCGGCGUGUUUGGAGCACGGGGCUGGACCCAGAGGGAAGCAGGGAGGGAGGCAGGGAUGCUCCUGGGAUGAGCCACAGGUACUGCCACAGUCAGCAGCACCAGCACUGCAAUGGUGUCCUCCUGCCUGCUCCCCUGACACCCUCACCCUCCUCACAUCCCUGUGCCAGUGUGGUACCUCCCCAGAUGUGCCCAGCUCUGCGAGUAACUGUGAGCUCUACAACAAACCAGGGAACUAUCUGGCUAAAAAGAAAAAAAAAAAACCCCAACCAUUUAAAAAUAGUGAUGUGACAUAACUGCAGAGUGAUGCAGAGCAGGAGCCCUGCCUGUGAAGGGUUGUGGUGAUGGCUGGAAUGGUUCUGGAAUGUUAGUGGAAAACCACAGUUGAGAGCUCUGUGUAGCAGGCAGUGACUGCCUGUUUGUAAAGAAUUAACACCCUGUGUCAUCUCCAGCCUCUUCCUGUGUUUGGUUCCUGUCUGUAAAAUGAGACGAUGAUAACCCUGGGGUAAGGACGUGCCAGUGUUUGAUUGACAUGCCAAAUUGUGCUGCACAGUCGAGCUGCUGAACUCUGCUACAAAUGUUUGGCCUCACUGACUUCAGGUGUAAUGCAAAGUUAAACAAACAUUUGUCUGGCCACAUUUUCCCUGAAAGGUGAGAUACUUAAAUUCAUUUAAAGGCUGCCUGGCACUAUUGAUCUGCUCUCAGGGUUUAUGUGAAUGAAGCUUUUCCUGGGUGGCCUCUCUACUUGUACUGCAGUUUUGGAGACCUGGAGGUGCUCUGAGCCGAGAUGUGCUGAAGGAAGGAGGUAACUGGUACCUUCACUGAUGUUCCAGUGACCCCCUCCCACCUCCUGGUUUCCAUGGGGAACAUUCAGCCACUGGCAGCCAGAAUUGCUCUUGAGCAUCCUGCAGUCACACAGUGACCUUGGGUAAGUGACUUUCUAAUGAACCAGUCUCAUGCUUGCUAACAGCCUUUUGACUGCUGUGCCCACAAACUGGUGCCUUCUCCAGGCAAUUUUUCCAUGCCCUCUGCAAAGCUGUCAGGCUGACUGCUGGCUCCUGAGGAAUCAACCGAGCCUUGCUCUUGGGCUCACAGUUGCUCUUCGGUACUGUUGUAAUCUGAAAGUUUGCUGCAAGUAGUGCAAAUACCAGAGGGAGAAAAUAAAAGGCUGUUCUCAGAUGUCCUGUAGAGUGAACAACUGAAACAUGAGUGUGGGAUGAGCCAGGAAAACUGGCAUUUUUCCCUGGCUGCACGCCAUAUGGAAGAGACAGUGCCUUGGAAGGGAAGGAGCAGAAAAGUUUGCCAUUGGCUCUGAUGAAUCCCAAUCCUGCUUCUACUGAAGUUGUUGGGAAUCCUCCCAUUGUCUUCAGUGUGAGCAAGAAAGGAUCUUAGGUGAGGAUGGAUGACUCUUUCCCUACUUGAAUGAAGUCUCUUGCCUAUUUAUGGGCCUGCUUCUAUUGAAACCGAGCCUGUUUUAGCCUUUUUGGGUUCUUAGGGACCUGUUUGUAUAAAGCAACUUACCUACCUAUCUUUUUUUUUUUCUAUUGUGUGUAUUUUUUGUAUGUUCUGUUGGAAGGUGAAGCCUCUGUAGAAGGGGAUACAAAACCUGAUUUUUAAAUAGUAAUAAACCAAAAGAGAAUUAAACUCUGCAGGCUGCAUGCAUUCAUUUCCUGGAGAUGGAGAGCAGAGACCGUGAGUGCACAGAGAGAUGGCCUGUGCUUCUCAUAUCUCAGAAUCUUCCUCUCCUCAGAGACAGUUCCUGCCUUUGCACAUCUCCACAGCUCUGUGUGAAAAUCCAGAAUUGCAACACUGUGUACCAGGAUGGCCUUAUUUUGAGUAGAAAAUCCUUUCUCUGGCACUGUGCAAUGAGAUUUCUUGUUUCAGCAUAAGUGGAUGGAGUAACAAGUAUCUGUGAAACUCAGGAUUGUAUUCAUUGAAUGGCAGUGAAAUAUAACCAAGACAGGAUAUAUA